AUGUCGCUAGCACCACACACGACCUCCAGUGGUACCGCAAUCCCUCACUGCUUCGUUCUCCCGUCAAUUCACUCAGCCCCGCCAUUUUUCACACAGCAGCCGAAUGAAACCACACAAGCCGUAGUAACAGAUAACUGGACGCGCCUGAUUCUCGCAUACGCUCGUUAUCGAAAACUGUUCGUUCUACGGGUCGAGGAUGCGGAGACAACAGGUGGAGACUGGGAUGAGGUUCUAAGGAAUGAGAGAAUCAAUCGGCGGCUGCUGCCUUCACACCUCUCAUUCAUUAUAGCAUCCAUGGUCACUAAGAAUCUUGCAGCUUACGAGCCACCGAAGCAAACGCGGUCGGUCAUCCUUCAUUGGCGACUCCCCGAAGAGUGGGCCGAGGUUCUACACGAAUGGGCAAGUGCCUCUGGCCACCUAAACACCAUCCUCACAUUCUAUGAGAUCACUGAUCCCCCGGUCGAGUCGCCUCUCUCCGGUCUUCCGACUCCACUCCUUAGAAAGGCGAUCGCUAUUUUAUCGAAGAGUGGAAGGGCACAAAUUAUCUCUAUUUCGGACGGUGAAGGUGUGCGGUUUUUCUCAGGAGGCGGGAAAUGAGUGGGCAUGGAAAUAGCAUAGGAUUAUAUCGGGGGCGAUGUG